AGCAGGCUCCUAUUCAUAUCACGGCAGCAAAACCCAAACUCCUCGAGGCGAAGGCAUGGAUGAGGAAAUCUCAUACAUGGAUGAGGCUCUUCCGCCUUCUACAGAUCAUGCACAUUGAAGUCGUACGCACAUCUUUGUACGCAGAUCUCGCGCGUUCCCUAGCGCUCCACUGUCUUAUUGGCACGCUGGCCGUCCUGCCGUGGCACCUUGGGCCGUGGGCUCCGUCGUCGUCCUCAGCGUUCUGCUCCCAAUGGGAUGGGCGAGCUGGUGUCGUACCGGUGCGCCGGGUCGGACAGUGCCUGCUGCUGCUGUUUGGCGCUGGGGGGGACGGAUCGCUAGGGAGCUGAAAGAGGUCCCAGUUGGUAUUAUUAAAGAGGACGAUGGUGGUAGCACUGGAUCGCGAGAGGCGGGCCAGUCUGAACCAGCGCGAGUGAACCGUCACACCCGAGAGACGAUUCAAUUACAAUGUCGCCUCCACGCCAGGCUGGAGGGUGUCGUCAUGAGCCUGGGACGUUUA